AUGCAAUCAUCUUCAGAACUGUGGCCACCCACCGCCCCCAGUGGCCACCCACUGCCCCCUGUGGUCACCCACUGCCCCCUGUGGUCACCCACUGCCCCCUGUGGUCACCCACUGCCCCCUGUGGCCACCCACUGCCCCCUGUGGUCACCCACUGCCCCCUGUGGUCACCCACUGCCCCCUGUGGUCACCCACUGCCCCCUGUGGCCACCCACUGCCCCCUGUGGUCACCCACUGCCCCCUGUGGUCACCCACUGCCCCCUGUGGUCACCCACUGCCCCCUGUGGUCACCCACUGCCCCCUGUGGUCACCCACUGCCCCCUGUGGUCACCCACUGCCCCCUGUGGCCACCCACUGCCCCCUGUGGUCACCCACUGCCCCCUGUGGUCACCCACUGCCCCCUGUGGUCACCCACUGCCCCCUGUGGUCACCCACUGCACCCUGUGGUCACCCACUGCCCCCAGUGGUCACCCACUGCCCCCUGUGGCCACCCACUGCCCCCUGUGGUCACCCACUGCCCCCUGUGGUCACCCACUGCCCCCCUGUGGCCACCCACUGCCCCCUGUGGCCUACAUGUAA